GUACCGCGGGCAACGUGAGCACUGCGGGCACUACCGGUGGCGACGAGCCCUCGGUUCUCGCAGCUGCCACGUGCCGCUGGCAGCGAUGAAUUUGUUCCCCCUCCUCGUCCUGCUGGCCGCGUGCUGGCCUGUGCACGGCACGUGGGACAACUGUGGCGGGACCUGCGGGCUCCGGCCCAUGGCUUCUCACUACGGCAUGUCGCGCGUCGUGGGUGGCACAGAUGCCCAGCCGGGGGCCUGGCCCUGGAUCGUCAGCAUCCAGGAUCCCUGGAAAAUAGGCACGGGGCAUAUAUGCGGAGGGUCCCUCAUCAGCCCGCAGUGGGUCCUCACAGCAGCCCACUGCUUCGUUGAGGCCAGCUACGUCACGAUGUGGCGCGUGGUGAUCGGAGCCACCCAGCUGACUCAGCUGGGCCCCGAGGCCCAAGUGCGCAAUAUUAAGCGGCUGCUGGUUCACGAACGCUAUAGUAACGUCUCGGAGAGGAACGACAUUGCGUUGCUGGAAUUGGACCAGCCUGUCCAGUGCAGCUACUACAUACAGCUUGCCUGUGUGCCCGACGCCUCGCUGAGAGUGUCACAGCUGACCACCUGCUACAUCAGUGGCUGGGGUUCCACGACCGCCAGAUCUGGAAGAUCAGCUGAUGUCCUGCAGGAGGCCAAGGUCCACCUCAUUGACGUCAACCUCUGUAACAGCACCCGGUGGUAUAGAGGGGCCAUCCACACCCACAACUUGUGCGCUGGCUAUCCGCAGGGUGGCAUCGACACCUGCCAGGGUGACAGCGGGGGCCCUCUCGUGUGCAAAGAUAACACCUAUGACUACUUCUGGCUUGUUGGAGUGACCAGCUGGGGGAAAGGCUGUGCGAGAGCAAAACGGCCCGGAGUCUACACCUCCACUCAGCACUUUUACGACUGGAUCCUGGUACAGAUGGGACUGCGCCCAGCAGUAAGGGCUACUCCAACAUCACGGGCAUGGAGUCAUUUUCUCACCGCCUCAACCCCCUUUCAGAGGCCAAAGCCAAUACCAACGCAAUCGGGCAGGUUUCCGCCCUGUCCAUUUCCACUCCAGAAGCUGGUGGAAUUCUUUACUCGGGUGCAGGAGCUCCUGCAGGUCCUAAGGGGAAAAAAGGCUUGAGCAGCAGGAUGAAGAGGAUCCAGCGCAGGCUGCAGCGUACCACGACCUUUUCCUUGUGGAGCAAUGCCUGCUGAUCCGAAGGCAGCCGCAGUGUCAAAGGCCUGCUCUGUGCUGCCCACGCUCCUCUGAGUGCACACAAAUGCUGAAGUUGACUUAGUUCUUGAAAUAAAGUUGCCAAUUUUCACAGCUAA